CUUUUGUUAUUUGCUGUGUAUUUAAACGAGGUUCACUUGGAAAUCAAAGUAAUACCAAUUUUACAACACUACAUGCAAGGCGGCAGCUUUAUGAUAAACAAACCAAGUUAGGAAGAAGAAAAUUUAUCGCAAGAAGAAUGCCUCGAUUAUCAAUCUUUACUUUAGCAUUUUUAAUGCUUACAUUGUCACAGUGUGAUGGUAAAAGUUUGAUCAAAACAAAUUUCAAUCGCAUUGCAUUGUGCAGUAAUAUACCGUCAUUUUUGCGGAAGAAUACAUAUUUACGACACUGUGCUGGAGAUGUCGUGUUAAUGUCGAUACUCUACAAUGGCACCAGGCUUGCUACUUCGGAAUGCCAACAUCAGUUCCAAAUGCGUCCUUGGAACUGCUCGUCAUCACCAGAAUCAUUGCCCAAAAUUGUUAGUCAUGCAUUUCCGCAAACAGCUUAUCUAUUUGCCAUCCAUUCAGCUGGUGUGGCAUAUUCGCUUGCCCACGCGUGCUCUAGUGGGUUAAUAAAAAACUGCAAAUGUCAAAAGAAGGCUGUCGAGAAAGUUAACAAAAAUGAAGGCACGGUAGUGGAGAAAACAGAAUGUGCAAAGAAAAGUAUUCGAUAUGGUAUACAAGAAGCAGAAAGGCUUUUAAAAAACGUAAAAGAGACAGACACAAGAUGGCUUGUCGAUGAGCACAACAAAAGAGCAGGACGCUUGGCUUUUGCAGCACACGAGUCAAAAGAGAAUAUCAACUGUCGUUGCCAUGGUGUUUCAGGAGCAUGCGCAGUUAAAAAGUGUGUGCAGAAUCUUCCAAAAGUUCGGGAUAUUAGCGAUUUUCUGUUAGCUAAGUAUAAAUCAGCCAUCCAAGUCGGCACAGAUAAUUAUGGCAAAAAAUUGAUCCCGUCCAAGAAAACAUUCAAAGAACCAACUGCACAAGAUUUAGUGUUUUUAGAAAAAAGCCCUGGGUUCUGUAAUAAGAACUCAGCUUAUGGUAUACUAGGCACUAAAGGUAGAGCUUGUAACAAAGACGACCCAGGGCCUACUGGUUGCAAGGUUUUAUGCUGUAAUCGAGGGUUUAAAACUGUAGUUGAAGUAAAAACAGUGCCAUGCAACUGCAAGUUUGAAUACUGUUGCGACAUCACUUGUGAAACAUGUAAAAAGGCCGUUACAACACAUAUCUGUAAUUAAACUCAAAAAGAAUAUUUUCGCAGUGAAGUGGUUAACAGAUAAUGCGAUACGCUGAAACACGAUAAAAUGUCUCUAUCCUAACGCCUAAUGGUUUAAGGUGCGAGGACGUCGUUUCAAAGAUGGAAGUAUGAAUUGUAAUAUCGAAUAGACUUUUAAGAAACGUUCAAAGAUUGUUACGUUGACCGUUACAGCAAUUAAAACAUAAAGUCGAGACUAAUGUUAUAGAUAGACAGUUCCUGAUUUUAGAAAACGUAACAUAAACAUAACAUUAAACAUACUGUCUUAGAUGUUCUUUUCAGUUACGAAGAACGUAACCCUUAAAAGCCUAGACCCUUUUUUAAAAAGUCAACAAAUAAAUCAGCUUUUGGAAACUUGAGUCGUGAUGAGUGGUUGAGGAAAAGACGCUUUUCAUGACAGUGGAGCUGUUUUGCCUAAUUUUUAUAAAAGCCGUCCUUUAAGGGGGUAAUAUUGCUAUAGUAAGAAAAUUAGAAUCUUGUUAAAUGUUAGGUCUGCACAUGAGAUUUAUGUCGCAAAGAAAAAUGGUGUAUAUUUUAUAUGUGUUUUGGAGGAAAAAAAGAAAUUAUUUAUACGGUAAGUUAUAGAAAAAUGUUUAAUGUAAAUAAAGAAUAUAUUAUAUUGUACAA